AUGAGAUCACUGGUGAAAAAUAAUGCCUCUCUGGGCCAGUUCAGAGCUGCCAGACUGGAAUCGAGAAUUUUAGCAUCAACACAUAGACGUCAGACUGUAUAUUCAGUGGCGACAGAAACUGGUACGACCCAUCAGUCGAGAUCAAUCCCUCCAACGUCAUUGUUAGAGUCUUCGGUCAAGAGCUCGUCGUCAGGCAGCACACUAUUGAACUGGAGAUUACAGCAAAAGCAAAAUGAUACUGGUGGUGUCAAGUUUGAGGGAGAAACUUCUUGGUCUUCGCCUAAUGAUCUUAUUUCUAGAAAUUCGUUCGCCAAAAAUCAUAUCCAUUUGUGGACGUUACUAGAAGCAUGUAUCGAGUCUGGUAACAUGACAAGAGCAGAAUCGGUACUCAUCGGUUUGAGUGAGAUUGCCAACAGUUCGGAUGUGACAUUAGCUGUCAACAAUUAUUUGAACAAACUUGUCCAGUUGAAUGCUGGUAAUUCUUCGGUCGGUCUGCAAUGGAUUAAGAAGAUUCGAAACAAAAUAUCGAAAUUCGAGCCCAAUACCGUCACUGACGCUAUUAUUUUAAAAAGUAUUUAUUCGUCCCAUGACACUGACAAGUUACGUGAAUUUGUCGUUUCUAAAAGAGGGACUUUAGGAGAGAUUCUCAGUCAUGUUGAAGUUUUGGGUUUAGGGGCAAUGGUGAAUAUUGUCAAAGUAAGUAUUGUGUUUGAGGGGCGUCCUGAUGUAGUGUAG